AGCGCCUGGGGCUCAUCAGAAGCGGGCGAACUGACCAAACCAGGACCAUGGGAAAAGUCCGAGCAGUGAGGCGCAAGCUCGCUCAAUUCUUCAACUGGCGCGUGAGUGUCACCUUGACGGAUGGCCGCGUGUUGGUUGGGGUCCUGAUGGCAGUAGACAGGCAUGUCAACAUCGUCCUGUGCAAUACAGAGGAGUACCGCAAGUACAAGGUCAAGGGCAAGCCUGAGGGUAAGGAGCUGAAGAGGAUGCUCGGCUUCAUAGUGGUCCGCGGCACUGGGAUUCUCUACAUUCAGCCGGAGGAACUUGGCAAGGAGGACCUGGUGGAGACGGAGAAGCCGCGAAAGAAGGCCCAGGCGGUGGCCGCCACGCCGGCCAAGCCCAUUGCGCCCAAGCCGGUCUCCACAGGCGCUUCCCUGAACCCUGCGGCGGCAUUGCUGGCGGGCAUGCGGCCCCCCAUGCUGAACCCCCUGCUGGGUUUGGCCCGGCCGGGCGGGCUGCCCGGCAUGCCUUCCAUGCCAGGAAUGCCCAGCAUGCCAAGCAUGGGGAUGCCAAGCAUGGGGAUGCCGGGCGCUGGGCGCGGCAUGACGAUGCCGGGCAUGCCUGGCAUGCGGCCCAUGUGAGAGGCAUAGCUUAUUGGCACGGCUCGAGCCGGACGGCUUGCGGUUGGAUUGUGUUGCUGAGAGCCGGCCAGGCAAAUGCCGGACCCAGUCCUGGGUCCUGCCAGCUUUCCCCAGCCAUUUCGCUUCU